UUUUGAAUGUGUUAUUUAUUUUAUUUUUUAAUUGCUAGGUGCUGUUUGAAGAUCCCGACUUUCCUUUCCGUGACUCGGACGAUGAUUUAAUAGAUGAAGUUGAUCAAAUCUUUAUGGAAAAUCCUAUGGUUCUGCCCCUGUAUUACCAUGUGGGUUCCGGAUUUGAGACUUCUUCAUCAUCAGCUCGGGGUCCUAUGUAUAUGGCCGGUUCCGACGAACAUUCGAUCGAUGAGGCGAUUGUGCUUACAGAAAAGUCUCGUAGUAGGAACCAUAAGUACAAGGCCGAGGAGAUCACCUUCCGAGCCAGUGUGGACAUGGAACAGCUGCCUCAGGAUACACAAGGAAUCCCGAUGGUCCGGAUUCCCGACACCGUCCGGGAACUAUUCGAGCAGCUUAUUCGCCGGACAACUGCAGAUUUGGAGCACUCUGACCUCAUCCGGUUCUGUAUCCAGGCAGAAGGGUUGGACAAACCCAUCAGUACUUCCAUGAGAUGGCAGUUUCGACACUCACAGUCGAAAAAAUUUUGGCUGCAGUCAUGA